GUCUCUCACUCUGUGUGUGUGUGUGUGUGUGUGUGCAUUAAAUCUAAAUGACAUCAUUGUAAAUCCCCUGUCAUCUUUCAUUUCAAAGAGCGAAAGAGAUCGGGAGAAAAAGAGGGAUAGAUCAAAAGAGACAAAAUCCUGCCAGUUGGAGUGCGUCUAAACGCUCAACUGAGAGCUCAAACCGAGGACGAACACGAACCAAACUAAACCAAGGAAUAUGGCUAUGUUUGGUAGUCGUGGGGCAAAGGGGGGUAAGUUCUCUGUUGAGGACUUGUAUGGGAUCAGCAAGAAGCCUAAAGCCUCAUCAGUGCCAUCAAGCAGCGCCGGGGCAAAAGGACCUGUGCAAGGCCGUGGGAAGGGGCAGAAAGGAGAAAAGGAUGCCCUGGCCUCUCAGAUUUUGGAGGCGGCGCACAGACUGGUUGAGCGGCGACGACUUGAGCUUUACCUGAGGGAGUGUGGCCUCAGCAUCAAUGACUGCCAAUCAGAGAGACAAGCCAUGCUGUACCGAAACCUUGGAAAGUCGGGUCUACGUGUUUCUUGCUUGGGUCUUGGUACAUGGGUGACAUUUGGAUCUCAGAUCUCCGAUGAGAUGGCGGAGAGUUUGAUGACGAUAGCCUAUGAGAAUGGAGUAAAUCUGUUUGACACGGCAGAAGUGUAUGCUUCAGGCAGGGCUGAAAUCACUCUAGGGAAUAUUAUCAAAAAGAAAGGCUGGAGACGGUCCAGUUAUGUAGUAACGACUAAGAUCUACUGGGGAGGACAGGCAGAGACAGAGAGAGGCCUGUCCAGAAAACACAUCAUAGAAGGUCUCAGAGGUUCCCUGUCUAGACUACAGCUGGAGUACGUGGAUAUUGUCUUUGCCAACCGAAAUGAUGUGAACAGCCCUAUGGAAGAGGUAGUACGUGCGAUGACAUUUGUUAUAAACCAGGGUAUGGCCAUGUACUGGGGCACGUCACGCUGGAGUGCCAUGGAGAUAAUGGAGGCAUACUCUGUAGCGAGGCAGUUUAAUUUAAUCCCACCGGUAUGUGAGCAGGCCGAGUAUCACUAUUUCCAGAGGGAUAAAGUCGAGGUGCAGCUGCCAGAGCUCUACCACAAGAUCGGUGUUGGAGCGAUGACCUGGUCUCCUCUCGCAUGCGGGCUGAUCACUGGAAAAUACAGUGAUGGUGUUCCAGACUGUUCAAGAGCCGCGAUGAAAGGCUAUCAGUGGCUAAAGGAGCGAGUGUUCAGUGAAGAAGGGCGCAGACAGCUGGCAAAAAUCAAAGAGCUCCACCUGGUGGCUGACAGGCUGGGUUGCACAGCUGCUCAGCUAGCCAUUGCGUGGUGUUUGCGUAGCGAAGGAGUCAGUUCUGUACUUCUUGGUGUCUCCAAUACAGACCAGCUUCUUGAGAACCUUGGAGCCCUGCGGGUGCUGUCUCAGAUGACGCCUCAGACUGUGAGCGAGAUGGAUGCUCUCCUGGGCAACAAGCCUAACUCCAAGAAAGAGUCCCGUGCGUGAGGGAACCGGAGAGAUGACACAAACAUGUGUGGCCAGAAAAGACAAAGAAAGCAAGCUGGAAAAGAUGGAACACGGCGUACCAUCGUUUUUCUGCCCUCCCGUAUAUUACAUCACCUGCAUGCCUUCUGCAACAUGCUUCCAGCCCAUACCGCACUGCUCUCUGUAACCCUACUCAAGUAACAUAACCUAUGAAUUAAACACAGAAACAGCUGUCCACAACAUCACAGAAAUGCGACGAACACCAGCUGUUAUCAUUUCUUUACUCCGAGAGACUUAAGCUUCAGUCUUCCAUGAGGAAGUACUGUCAAUUAUAGGAGGAGAAUGGAAUAAAAGUGGCAAAAAGCUUGUUAAUUAGCAGGCCCAGACAGUAUCUACAGGACUUUCUUGCAGUUUCUGCUGAAGAAUUCCACUGUUUCCACUGCCGGAUUUCUAUUGCCAUAUUGUGUGAAAUGGAUCAAAACUGGAGCUAAGAGUUGUAAAUUCUUAUUGCCGGCUGAAAGCAUUGUCAGAUUUGCCAAAAUGCUGUAUUUAUUAAACAAAACAAACAUGCACGGGGCAAAUUAUGUGUAGGACUUUGCAAAUCAUGGGCGUUCUGUGGAAAUCUGUGCAGAUUCCGCAUGGGCCUGGUUGUGCGGGUGUGUGUUCAAGGAAGUACGAAUAUGAGUGCAUGCAGUGAAACUUUGAAUGAAUCUCUCUGUUGCUGGUGUUGUACCUGAGUGACUCGGAAAAUGGAUGCUGUGUGACGCCAAGCGAAGAUGUUUCUGAGAGCUGUCUGUCCCGUUUGUUGGGGUGUUCACUGCCUGUCACAUUUCAUUCUCGCUGUGCAGGAGAGCGUGGCAAACACUCCGGCGCGUGACAAGAACAACAUGCAGCAACUGCAAACAGCUGUUUGGACACAUCACAAGUCUUCCUCCAUUUCCCUCCUUUCCAUCUCUCCUUGUGUUUACAAUGGUGCACCUGUCCCUUUAAGAGAAUUUGUGCAGUUAGGGGAGUGGAGUGUGAGUGUCUAUAUGGUACCUUGCAGAUAUAUUCAGACCCUCACCAGUUUUUAAAUCUCAACGUUUUUAAAAACAACUGUUCUGGUCAUUAUUACUAUUCCUAACAUACACCCAACUCUCAGAAAACUAAAGGGUUAGUUCACCCAAAAAUGAAAAUCCUGUCAUUAAUUACUUAUUGACCUUCAUUCAUCUUCAGAACAAAAAUUAAGAUAUUUUGAUGAAAUCUGAGAGCUCUCAGACCCUGCAUAGACAGCGAUGCAACUGCAAUGUUUUCAGGUCCAGAAACGUAGCAAAGACAUCAGUAAAAUAGUCCAUGUGACAUCAGUGGCUCAAACUUAAUUUUACGAAGCUAUGAGAAUAGAUUUGUGUGCAAAGAAAACAAAACUAAUAUAAUUUAUUCAACCAUUCUUCUCGCCGAAUGAAGGUCUUACGGGUUUGGAACGACACGAGGGUGAAUAAUUAAUGACAGAACUAACCCUUUAAACUGAUGCAUAACUCAUCCCAGGCUGUCAAAAAAAAAAAAAAAAAAAACAUUUUAACUUUAGGGGAGCAACAACUUGUCACUGGGGCAGAGGGACACAUUUGUAUCUUCUUUACCCCUAAAUGUUUCAUAUUAUGACCUUAAGAGUACAUAUUACUAUAUUAAGGUAAAUCAAAAAGAUUUUUCUAAUCAGAACAGCGAAAUUUUAAAAACGUAGUUUGCAUCACUGGAUAUUACUGUUGAUUUCGAUCAUAAAACAGUUGUCAAAUAUUAAAUGUUAAGUUAACCUGGUCAAAAUAAAUAAAUACAAAAUAGAUAAGAAUGAAUCAUGCACAUAUGAAUUGUAACAAUAAUAUCUAUAAUAUGCAUGUAAAAAAAAUAUAUCAAGAAAAAAUUAUCCAGGCCAACAUUUUAGAUUUUGUAGAGCCAUCCCAUGCAGCAAUGAUAGCUUUCAGACUAUCGGAGUAUGAAUGCAUGAACGCACUGUCCAGAUGUCAUUUUGGCCUUUUUUUUUUAUCUAGGCAGAUUUUGCUCCAGGUUGUUUGAGAUUAGUCAGAUGUUCUUUCUGCAUUACAACGUUCCAAUAGUGCCACGAUUGUGACGUCAGUGCUAUAACUGUGCCGUUCCAGGACAUUCUGCACAAUGUUCUUCAGAAUGUCCUGCUGAAUGAGCUUUCUCUCAAGCUUCGGCAGUUUUUAGUAGACUAAAAAAAGAAAAUCAAUUGAUGAUGGGCUCUUUUGACUUGGAGCAGUAUCACACUGAACCUUGCAACACCCUAAAGCGACCAGAAAACCCAAAUGCAAACUGUAGCGACAUGAAAAAUUUGGAAGAAAUUCUGACUUCUUGCAAUUCUAAGUUUGUAUCUUACAGUUCUCACUUUUUUCUCAGACCUUCAAGAAAAAAUGUCAAAACUGUGAAAUAAAAAGUCACAAUUAGCAUUUUAUUCUUUCUUACUUUUUUUUUUAAUUCCAUAGUAGAAAUCAUCUUCCAUGGAC